UAGGGUACGCGUUUGGUUGGUUCUUGACUUGGAGUCUGCUUCCAGUUGCCAACUUAUUAUAAAAGACAAGACCCACCUGGGAGAGGUUUAAAAGCGAGGGUUACUUUCGCUUUGAUGUUUACCUGAUUCUUGAUAACAUUCCCCUCGCUCCCUCUUGUCUGUUGCUGUUGUGCCGCACUUGUAAGUGCGUCCUUCCUUCCGUUACUGCUGCUAAUGCAGAAGCCCACGUUAAGUCGUCUCGUUCUGUGACCACUUUCGUCUCUCUACAGUCUCCUCCUUAAAUCUUGAUUCUCUGUCGUCGUUCUUUGCGCAUAGAACAGUUUGUCUUCGGCCCGUUCCCAUCUUUGGAUCGCUGGGUUGCUGUAAAGGAUGAAGUUAACGGGGGGUUAUUACAAAUGGCAAGUUCUUGCCGUCUUCCUCCUCGUGCUGGGCAUGGGUGCUGUAACUGCCGAGGAUCCCUACAGGUUCUUCGACUGGAACGUUACCUACGGCGACAUUUAUCCUCUCGGCGUUCGCCAACAGGGGAUUCUGAUAAACGGGCAGUUCCCAGGGCCCGACAUAUACUCGGUCACCAAUAACAAUCUCAUCAUCAACGUGCACAACAGCUUGCCCGAGCCUUUUCUCUUGACAUGGAACGGAAUCCAGCAGAGGAAGAACUCGUUCGUGGAUGGAGUACAAGGAACCACAUGCCGGAUCCCUCCGGGGAAGAACUUCACCUACAUCUUACAAGUAAAAGACCAGAUUGGCAGCUUCUUCUAUUUCCCGUCCCUGGCCUUCCACAAGGCGGCCGGAGGUUUCGGAGGCAUCAGGAUCCUCAGCAGGCCGAUGAUCCCCGUCCCGUUCGACGACCCCGCUGGUGAUUACACCGUCCUCAUCGGAGAUUGGUACAAGGCUAAUCACACGAGUUUGAAGGCCAUUUUGGACCGUGGCCAUAGGCUUUAUUUCCCAGACGGCAUUCUCAUCAAUGGUCGUGGACCCAACGGUUCUUCCUUCACGGUUGAGCAAGGAAAGACGUAUAGGCUGCGCAUAUCGAACGUGGGGCUCCAGAACACGCUGAACUUCCGGAUCCAAGGGCACAAGAUGAAGCUGGUGGAGGUGGAGGGCACCCACACCAUGCAGACCACCUACUCCUCCCUGGACGUCCACGUCGGCCAGUCCUACUCCGUCCUCGUCACUGCGGACCAGCCGGCUCGGGACUACUACAUUGCCGUCUCGACACGGUUCACGAGCAAGGUCCUCACCUCCCCCGCCCUCCUCCGCUACGCCAACUCAGGCCGCCCCGUGUCCGGGCCCGUCCCUGGUGGGCCUACGACCGAAAUCGACUGGUCCCUCAACCAGGCCCGUACCAUUAGGACUAAUCUGACGGCAAGCGGACCGCGGCCAAACCCGCAAGGCUCUUACCACUAUGGACUGAUAAACAUCACCAGGACCAUCAAGCUGGUGAGCUCAGCUGGUCUGAUCAAUGGCAAGCAGCGAUAUGGAGUCAACAGCGUAUCUUUUGUCCCCGCCGAUACGCCCCUCAAGCUGGCUGACUACUUCAACAUCGGUGGAGUCUUCACGGUCGGAAGCAUCCCGGACGGUCCGACCGCCAGGAAAAUGUAUCUCGACACAUCGGUGAUGGGCGUGGACUAUAGAGCCUUUGUCGAGGUUGUCUUUGAGAAUCAUGAGGAUAUUGUCCAGAGUUGGCAUCUCAAUGGCUAUGCUUUCUGGGUUGUUGGAAUGAAUGGUGGACAAUGGACACCGGCGCGUCGUAAUGAAUACAAUCUCCGGGACGCGAUUUCUCGCUGCACCACACAGGUUUAUCCCAAAUCAUGGACAGCAAUUUACAUAGCGCUCGAUAACGUGGGAAUGUGGAACAUGAGGACGGAGUACUGGGCGCGGCAAUACCUCGGGGAACAAUUCUAUUUGCGAGUCUACACACCGUCCAAGUCCUUGAGGGACGAGUACCCGAUACCAAAGAACGCUCUUUUCUGUGGCAGGGCUCGUGGCAAAAGCACGAGGCCUGUAUGAACAGGAUGCUGCACGAGGAUGAAGAAUAUAUAUCUAUGAGAAGUAACCAUGAAACAACCCUAACUCGGGGUUCAAUUCUUUGUCUCAAAAAACUGAAUCUGUUUCACAAGCACUGUACGAUUAAUUCCUGUUGCUUAACCAAUAAGCUAGACAAGUGUGUGGUUCUUUCAGUUUCGAUAUUCGUUCUUUUCUUCACUUGACUAUUCAUGGACUGUCGGCGACCGAAAGAUUUGUGUACAUUAGAUUGAUAUGUAUGUUGAUUGUUGAAAUGAACUAGCGCGGCUGAAGAAGCCGUUCUUGAUA